AUGUCGAUUAUUUAUUUACUUGUGUUUUUUAUCAUAUGUGGCGGUAGUAAUAAAUUUCUUACCUUUGUUCACACAUCUGAAGAUGAAAAUCGGCUGAUACAUUAUUUAUUUUCCGAACAAGGCUAUAAUCCACUUGUACGACCAACGAAAACUUCGAAUGAAACUGUUGUUAUAGCAUUUGGUCUUUUAUUAGUACAAUUGAUUCAUGUCUAUGAAAAAGAACAAAUUAUGAAAACAAACACAUGGUUACAUAUGAAAUGGUAUGAUUCAGAACUGCGUUGGAAUCCGGAUAGAUAUGGAGGUAUCUAUCAAAUAAGUGUGCCUUUUACAAAUGUUUGGACACCAGAUGUUGUUUUAUUCAAUAAUGCAGAUGGCAAUUAUGAAGUACCAUUUAAAUCAAAAGUAAUUAUUGUUUAUACAGGUGAACUUCAAUGGGUUCCACCAGCUAUCUAUAAAUCUUCAUGUCGUAUUGAUGUCAAAUUUUUUCCAUUCGAUACUCAAGAAUGUGAAAUGCGUUUUGCAUCAUGGACAUAUAAUGCUCGAGAAGUAACAUUCACUCAUUAUCCUGAAGAACAAGAUACAGAAUAUGAAAUAAAUAAACUAUUAGUACAACAAGCAAUCAGUAGCACUACCGAUGAAAAAUCCAAAGAUGAUUAUCUUGAAAGUGGAACAUGGGAUGUUAUCGGUAUUCCAAGUAAAUUUGUUCAUUAUCGUUCAAAUGCAUCAAGUGUAUCCCCUGAUUAUAUUGAAAUCGUAUUUUUAAUUAAAAUGAGUCGUAAAACAUUAUAUUAUACAGUCAAUUUAAUUGUUCCAACAGGUUUAAUGGGCAUUCUUAUAUGCAUUGUAUUUUGUUUACCAACGGCAGCAGGCGAAAAAAUGACAUUAUGUAUGUCAAUACUUUUAGCAUUAAAUCUUUUUCAACUUCUUGUGACAAAAAUUUUACCACCAACAUCAGCUGUUGUUCCAUUAAUAGCUAAAUAUUUACUUUUUACAUUUACACUCAACGUUCUUGUUAUUGUGAAUACAGUAAUUAUCACAAAUUUCUAUUAUCGAACACCAAUGACACAUACAAUGCCUGCGUGGUUGCGACGUAUCUUUUUGCACAUACUUCCACGUUUAUUAUGGAUGGAAUCGCCGAUACUGCAAGAGAAACGCAGAGAAAAUAAAAUCUCAUUACAUAUUCAUAAGAUUGAACAAUCUCUUGUUCUUGAAAAUCCUAUUCACACAAUUAGUGAAACGAUUAAUAGAAGGCAAAAGAGGAAAACAAAACAUGAAGACAAGAAUCAUCCAGUACGUAGUGAAUCGACUACCUCAUUUGCUGCCUACGUCAAUGAUAAACGUCGAACAUCAACCAUUCUCAUGCAACCCAAUACACAUGCGAAACAUCACCGUCGUCACCGUCAGCAUCAUCAACAACAGUAUCAAAAAGAAAGACAAAAGAUUCUUCUCGAGGAAAACCAUCCACUUAUUGCAGUUCAUUCCAAUCAAGAUUCUAAUGCGAAUUAUCAUCGACUGCAAAUUCAACAUAUGCGACGAGAACUAACUCAAGCUCUUCAUAAUAUUCGUUAUAUAGCUGCACAUUGUUCACACGAAUCAUUUAUUGAAUCGAUACGUGACGAAUGGAAAUUUAUUGCAACUGUUAUGGAUCGUCUUCAAUUUAUUAUCUUUUUAUCAGUGACAAUACUUGGAUCGUUAGCUUUACUUUUUCAAGUACCUGAUCUAUUCAAAUUCACUUCAAAUGAUUCUGAAAAACUUGUGCGUUUUUCAAAUCCUAAUAUGACUGUUCAUGAAUUGAUUAAAAAAACUUGA